AUGGACAAGAUUAAUGUCCACACGGACUUUGCAUCCCUUCCACUCCUAAUUACCCUCAGCGCACCUCUAAUCAUCUACCUCCUAUACCACCUCGUCCUCUUCCCACUAUUCCGUUCCGAUCUGCGCUCCAUCCCAGGCCCAUUUCUCGCAAAACUAACCGACCUACACCGGCUCCUUCUGGUGCGUACCGAAUCCGCCCACGAGCACCACCUGCGUCUCCACGAGCGCCACGGACCUCUCGUUCGCCUGGGACCCAACAACGUCUCCGUUAGCUCCCCCGCCGCCAUCUCCAUUCUGUACAACACACGCACCCGCUAUGCCAAGUCGGACUUCUACCCAGUUAUGGGCAACGUCGCGCACGGGAAGGUUGUGCCCACGAUCUUCUCCACGCAGGACGAGUCCGUUCACGAGAUAAUGAAGCGCCCGAUUGCGCAGGUAUACGCCAUGACGAGCCUCAAGUCAUAUGAGGCACUGGUCGAGAGUACCGAGAUUUUCUUCUUCGACAGACUGAGGGAGUUAGCGGACGAAGGGAGGCCUAUCGAUCUGGGGAAGUGGCUGCAUUGGUUUGCAACGGAUGUGGUCUUGGAGAUUACGUUUGGGAAGAGGCUGGGGUUUUUGGAGCGGGGUGAGGACGUGGAUGGUAUUAUACAGAUGAUUGAGCAGCGGUUUUCGUAUGUUGCUGUUGCCGGCCAGAUGCCCUGGCUGGAUAAGUUGCUGCAUAAAAAUCCGCUUAUUGCGUUUUUGUCUGGGUUGUUCUCGAAGCCAACAAUGUCCCCGGUUAUGAAGUUUGCCCUGGAGCGGAUAGAAGAGCGGAAAAGAGAGUUCCGCGAGUAUCCUGAGAAAAGAGGUGAAGGACGAGACUUCCUGACCCGUUUUUUGAAUAUUCAAGACAGCCACCCUAAUAUUCCCGACUUUUGGAUCAUCUCUUGGUGCCAACAGAACGUCCAAGCUGGCUCCGAUUCCACUGCCAUCACACUAACUUCAGUGAUAUAUCACCUUUUGAAAAACCCGGAUACUAUGGAGACUCUACUAGCCGAGCUAGACAAUGCUAAUCUUCCAUCACCGAUUCCCUGGGAUAUCGCACACAAGCUGCCUUACCUUGAUGCUUGUAUCAAGGAAGCCCUGAGGAUGACACCGGCAAUCGGAAUCCCAUUAGAGCGAGUGGCUCCGCCCGGUGGCAUAGAGCUAUGUGGAAAUUAUUUCCGGGGUGGGACAGUGCUUGGGGUGAACGCUUGGGUUUUGCACAAGGACAAGAAAGUGUUUGGGGAGGAUGCCGCUUCCUGGAGACCAGGAAGGUGGGUUGAAGCCAGUGAGGGCGAGAGGAAAGAGAUGGAACGGGCAUUAUUUGCGUUCGGAGGGGGUUCCAGGGUUUGCUUGGGUCGAAACAUCUCGUAUCUGGAGAUGUACAAGGUCAUUCCUGAAUUACUGACAAGAUUCAAGUUUGAGCUAAAAGACCCCUCGAAAGAAUGGGCAUUGAGGAACGCCUUUUUUGUCUACACAAAAGGUGUUGAAGUCACGAUACAAAGGAGGGAGAAGUGA